AUGACAGGAAGUUUUUUCCUUGGUUCAAGGUACGAACAGUAUGACUGUCCUGAUUGUGUCGGUAUUAUCGAUGGCACAUUGGUGGAUGCAUGGGUUCCUGCUUCAAGACAAAAUACAUUCCGCGGUCGGAAAGCAACGGUAUCGCAAAAUGUACUCGCAGCUUGCGACUUCGAUAUGUUGCUCACAUUUAUUAAUUCUGGAUGGGAAGGCAAGUACUAUUUAGUUGAUGCUGGUUUCACGAACAUGCCUGGAUUUCUUGCCCCAUUUCGGUCUCAACGGUAUCACUUGCAAGAGUUUCAUGGCCAUCGUUACGUAGGACCUAAGGAAUCGUUUAACCAUCGACAUUCGUCAUCACGCAAUGUCAUAGAAAGAACAUUUGGUGUUUUGAAGAAGCGCUUCCCAAUAUUGCGGUCCAUGCCAAAUUACAAGUCUAUACGACAAAGGCCUCUCGUGAUUGUAUGUUGUGUAGUGCACAAUUGGAUCCGUUUGCAUGCAGCUAUGGAUCCAUUCUUUAUGGAAGCUGAUAAUGAAAUGGCCGCAGAAACAGAAGCAGACGGGCUUGUUGGAGACCAAGCUGACUACGUUGACAUGUCACAACAUGGGUUAACGUCCCAAUCAAACGUUAGGGAUGCAAUUGCUACUGCUAUGUGGAUAACUAAUACUGAGGACAACGAUUGA